AUGAAAAUUAGUACCAACAAAUAUACAGGUGAGAGGACUGUGCUCACCUCUUGGAAAAGCUCUUCGGAUCCAUAUACUGGAAGCUUCAUUUAUGGUUUGAAUCCCUUGAAUAUUCCAGAACUGUAUGUAUGGAGUGGUAGUCAUCCUUUCUGGCGGAGUGGUCCAUGGAAUGGACAGAGCAUUAUUGGAGUACCCAACAUGGUUGUGAACUAUAACACUCUUGAGGUCGUCGAUGAUAAAGAAGGAACACUUUAUACAACUUAUACUUCUAGAGAUGAAUCCAUGUGUUACUUUUUCUUGAAUUUUGAUGGAAUUGUAGUGCAGAGAUACAGAGAUGUUGGAAAGGAGAAUUGGGAAGAUACGGUUCUGGCUCCACGAAAUGAAUGCGACGCAUAUGGCAAGUGCGGUCCAUUUGGAAGCUGCAAUGUGCAAGAUUUACCAAUUUGCAUAUGUUUACAGGGGUUUGAAUCAAAGGAUAUAGAGGAAUGGAAUAGAGGAAAUUGGACCAGUGGAUGUGUGAGGAGGAGACAGUUGCAGUGUUGCAAGGGAAACAACAUUAAUGGCGGGAAGGGAAAAGAAGACGAGUUCUUAAAGAAAAAGACAGUUAAAGUACCGGCCUUUGCAAAUGGUAUUGGUUGUUUGCAACGGAGCGAAAACUUAAUUGACAUACAGAAAUUCACCUAUGGUGGGGUGGAUCUUUACAUCCGUCUAGGAUAUUCAGAUCUUGAUAUAAAGAGAAACACUCAAAUAGUUAUCACAAUUGCAGUGAUCAUAGGGUCAGUAGCAACUGCUAUCUGCAUUUAUCUUUCUUGGAGGUGGAUGUCUAAGCCAAGAGGAAGGAAGAAAAUUAAAGCCAGUCCAGAGCGUUCAAAUGAAAGUGUGCUUGGAGAUAAACUGAAACAAGCUAAAUUUGAAGAAUUAACUCUAUUUAGUUUUGAGGCAUUGGCGAUUGCAACAGACGAAUUUCUUGUGGCCAAUAAGCUUGGGCAGGAUCCAUGCAAAAAAAAACUCUUGGAUUGGAGAAAACGUGCCAGCAUUAUUGAAGGGAUUGGUCGAGGUCUACUUUACCUUUAUAGGGAUUCCAGAUUAAAGAUUAUUCAUAGAGAUUUAAAGAGAAGUAACAUUUUGUUGGAUGAAGAGCUUAACCCAAAAAUUUCAGAUUUCGGCAUGGCAAAGAUUUGUGGAGGCAAUGAAAACCAAGCCAACACUGCUAGGAUUGUGGGAACAUAUGGCUACAUGGCCCCUGAAUAUGCAAUGGAAUGGAGAUUCUCGGAAAAAUCUGAUGCAUGGAAACUAUGGAAUGAAAAUAGGAUUGUAAUGCUAAUAGAUCCGACAAUAUCUGAUCCGUGCUUCCAAGUGGAGAUCUUGAGAUACAUACACGUAGGGCUGCUAUGUGUCCAAGAAUUCGCGAGAGAUACGCCUACUAUUUCCACCAUUCUAUCAAUGCUUAGUAGUGAUUUUGCAAAUCUUCUAACUCCAAAGCAACCUGCAUUUACUGAAAAACAGUUUCUCUUGAAUAUCAGCCAGCUGCCCAUCUCAUCCGAGCUUCCCCCUUGUUCGCCGGCAGCCGUUCUGAAGCUCUCUGCCCACCUCAUCGCGGCUGAGUUCAAUCCACAUUCCAUAGCUGAACUCAUCACAGAAAUCCACAUUGCCGAGAUCCCCCUUUGCUAUGGGCUCGGCUGGACAGACCGACAGAAUGAACCGGCAAGGAACGGUGGCUUGUGCACGCCGGUGAUUGACAGAACUGGGUUUUCCUUGCUAGCCAGCGGCCGUUCCGAAGUUCACUACCCACCCCAUCGCGACUAA